AUGAAGGCUGACCCCUUGUCCCACGUGUACUUGGGUGUGACCUACCUUGCUGGGGUGGACCCGGUGCCUCAUGAUGCUCCCAAGCCACCUGGCUACACACGCUUUGUCUGUGUGUCUGACACGCACUCAAGGACGGAUCCCAUCCAGAUGCCUUACGGUGACGUGCUCAUCCAUGCCGGGGACUUCACAGAGCUGGGGCUCCCGAGUGAGGUGAAGAAAUUCAACGAAUGGCUGGGCAGCCUGCCCUAUGAGUACAAGAUUGUGAUCGCUGGCAACCACGAGCUGACCUUUGACCAGGAGUUCAUGGCUGACCUCAUCAAGCAGGAUUUCUACUACUUCCCGUCCGUGUCCAAGCUGAAGCCGGAGAACUACGAGAACGUGCAGUCACUGCUCACCAACUGCAUCUACCUGCAGGACUCGGAGGUCACUGUGCGGGGCUUCAGGAUCUAUGGCUCCCCGUGGCAGCCGUGGUUCUAUGGUUGGGGAUUUAACCUCCCACGAGGCCAAGCCCUUCUGGAGAAAUGGAAUCUCAUUCCCGAAGGUGUUGACAUUCUGAUGACACAUGGACCACCCCUGGGCUUCCUGGACUGGGUGCCUAAGAAGAUGCAGCGCGUGGGCUGCGUGGAGCUGCUCAACACAGUCCAGAGGCGCGUCCAGCCGCGGCUUCACGUCUUCGGCCACAUCCACGAAGGAUAUGGCGUCAUGGCAGACGGAACGACCACCUACGUGAACGCGUCUGUGUGCACUGUGAACUACCAGCCUGUGAACCCACCCAUCGUCAUUGACCUCCCCACGCCCCGGAACUCCUGACUGCUCCCUACCGCCCCAGCUCUGUCUGCCUACGCUAGCUUUGAAUGACUGGCUGAGAGCUUGGAGUCCGCGGCACAUUUCUUUCCAUGCAGAACAGCCCAGACAGCCCAACUGGCCGUGGGACCAGCCAGCGAUGAGCCAGCUCUUUGGGAUAAAAGAAAUCACCUUUGACUGUCAGCCUUUUGCCACCUGCACUUGGAGCCUCAUGUAGCCUUGUCAGGGGCAGCACUCUCGUGUCUGUUUUCUGUGUGUACCUCCGUGUGUCUUUCUUUCAAGCGCCUCACAGGCUCACAGCCCUGUCCUACUUGGGAAAUGAUGGAAGUGUCACUCUGAUCAGUUGGACACUCUCCUGGUUUGAGAAACCACCACCGCCCUCGGGUGGGUUUUGGAAGUGCUAACCUAUCAUGUCCCUUUGAGCAUCCCUGGGGCUGCGAGCCCGGCAGAGACGGAGGGCGGGGGUGUGGCCUGGGCUCAGGUGGCUUGUCCUGUCCUGCCCAGUAGGGGAGACUGAGUUGCGGGAGGCCUGAGAGAGAGCAUUCUGGGAUAUCUCAGGAAUGCUGACUGCUCCUGGCCAGGCCAACAAGCCUGGUUUUGUUCCCCUUUUCUUCCUUCGGGCACUUUUACUGACGCAAACAGUGCCCAAGCAUCCCAGGUAUCUGCUCAGAGCCAGGAUAUGGGGGAUUGGUUCUCUAAAGUGUGCCAUCCCAGUGCCCAGAGCAUGUUGGAGGGCUUCCCCACCAUAGUGGGGCUGCCUUGGGUGCCCUGGAGCUUACUGUUGUGUGGAUUGCAGCAGUCACGAAGACCUGCAGGCUGAGGCCCCACGCACCCCAUGUGUGUGCGUGCAUGCAUGUGUGUGCGCGUGCGUGCGUGCGUGUGUGUGUGUGUGUGUGUGUGUGUGUGUGUGUACAUGCACACUCUGUUCCACUGUGGGCUCCCUUCCUUCAUGGGACUUCCCGCACAGUUAGGUUCUGUUUGCUGGGCCAGCCAAUGCUGAAGGGUUCAGUGCCUGCUGAUCAGUACCAGCGGUUACCAGGAGGUGGCACAGCAGCGGAGUGGGCUCUGGGUCCUGGCAGCUCCGCCCUGGGCAGCUUCCGUUCUUCUCUAAGGCGGGGAGAGCCGCAGAGUCCAGCCAGGGGAGGCGGGGCCCGCGGCUGUCCUUAUUUAAAUUGCUGUGUGUUCAUCAUGGAUGACUUCUGCACUCACUUUGACAUUUAGUGACAUAUGAUUAAAAUAGUAUUAUUUGUCCUGGUGUUUUACACUCCCUGUAUCUUGCGCCUGAGAUGAUGUUCACUCCCUUGACCUGGCCCCGGUCUCAGAAGCCAGCUUUCUUGGAACCCUUGUGCAGAAAUAAUGUUGUUUUAUCCGCCGUCUUGCAAGGUAGGUGCUGUUGCUCUUGACUCUAGAGAUGAGGCGAUCGAGGUCGCUUGCCUCAGGGUGCGCAGCGCAGAAGGGGAAGAGUCAGAGUUUGAACGUCGCUCUCCAACUUCACGGCCUUUGCCUGGCUGUCGUCAUCAGAGUUCUUGUCCUUCCAGGCAGGGUAUGGGGCCAGGCUGUUGCUUGUUUUGGCAGGGUCCUGCUUAAAACUGUCUCCAGUUCUUUCUCCACGGAGAGCCUCUGGGACCCUAGGGCAUCCUGAACCUUGAGCCCAGCAUCUCAGCAUCCUGGGAGAUGCGUUGCUUCCCAGCUGGUGAGGGUCAGGGUUCAUCUGGUCACCGCAGGCGAGGAACACUCCCGGGAGCCCCACCGCGCCCUGCGCCGCUCACCAUAGCUGCGUCUGUAGGCAACAGGGCUGCAGGAGCCCUGCCCGGGCCAGGUGGUUCCUGGUGGCUGGGGACAUUUACCAGGUCUCUCUCUGGUGCCUCAGAUGACGUAUUUGGGGCAGAGAAAACACACCAACACACCGCCUGGGAAGUGUCUCCUCUCCUCGAAUUCUAUGUGAACCAAGAAUUAUAAACUGAAAAACACUAGAAGUUUUUUCCUAAGGUACCUUCAGAAUAGGGUGUAUUUUUAUGUGGAAAAGAAAAGUUAUGAAGGCAGCUGUUACUGUAAGAGAAAAUUCAUUAAAAGUCAUCGAGGUUCGAAAGGUGA